GAGAAGACUACAGCAGCAAGGCACCAAGCACGAGUAUUUGAUUAGUGUCAGUAGUAGAUCAUUUAAUGAUCUUGGAUUUCUCGAGUUUUAUGGUUAUUAAACCAUAUCAAAUUUGUGCUGGUCAUUAAGAGGAAACUACAGUGUUUGGGCAAUGGACUUUGGACCCCUUUUACAGGAAAAACCGCCUGUAUUGUAUUAACGAAAACGUUAAUAACUUUAACGUUAGUGCAUGAAUAUACUUCGCGCUAGUGCAUGUAUGAAGGGAGCUGGGCCGGGAGUUUCGACGAAAUCACUUGCUGCAGAACAACCAUCGAGUUACGGUACGGCUCAGGCUGUCACACUUGGCAUUGCCUUGAUUCUUCAGAUAAAUACAUUGAUUGCCAUGGCAACCCUCAAAAGUGACUAUGCCGAUAUCAACAUCCCUGAGGACGUUUCAGUAUUGGAUUUCAUUUAUGAAAAGUUUGAUCAAUAUGGAGACUCAGUUGCAGUGGCUGAUGCUGCCACAGGACGGUCCUACACCUUUACUCAGGUGAAAGACUAUUCAAGACGGAUUGCUAGCGCCCUCACAAGACAAGGAAUGAAGAAGGGUGAUGUCAUCGGCAUCAUCAGCCCCAACGUUCCAGAGUAUGUCCUGAUGCAUUGUGGGAUAGCUGAGAUGGGUGGCGUUAUGAGUGGUGUCAAUCCCCUAUACACUGAAGAUGAGAUUUAUUAUCAGUUGGAAAUGGUGGAGGCUAAGCUGAUUGUAACAGUCCCUCCAUUUGCUGAGAAAUGUCUGAACACCAUGAAAAAACUUCCUGGAAUUCAGGAUGUUUAUGUCUUUGGAGAAGCAGAAGGUUGCAAGUCUUUCAAGUCUUUACUUGGAGACGACGGUUCUGCUUGCCCUAAUGUGAAAGUCUCUCCAGAAGAUACCUAUGCCUUGCUUUUCUCCAGUGGAACUACUGGCCUGCCGAAGGGGGUCAUUCUCACCAAUAAAACUGUUCUCUCCAAUCUUUGCCAAAUAGAAGCCUAUCCUGAGCUAUUGGAUACUAAUCAUGAGGACACAGUGCUUGAUCUACUACCAUAUUUCCAUAGCUAUGGCCUGGUUGUUAUUAUGCUCCAUGGUCUUAGAGCCGGGGCUAGACAGGUUGCCAUUUCAAGAUUUGAUCCAGAAGUUUUCCUCAAAACCAUCCAAGAUUAUAAGGUUAGUCUUCUCUACCUUGUCCCUCCUAUCAUUCUCUUCUUGGCCAAACAUCCGAUGGUGGACAAAUAUGACCUUUCAGCAGUCAGGCAGAUCACCUCUGGGGCCGCACCCCUCGGAGGCGAGAUGGUUGCAAGUGUGGAAACAAGACUAGGAAUCAAGAUUAUCAGACAAGGUUUUGGAAUGACUGAAACUGGGCCUGUUUUGACCAUCACUCCAACGUGUACAGACAAUCCAGCUAGCGUUGGAAAGCUGUUGCCCAAUACUGUUGCAAAGGUUGUUGAUACUAAAUCAGGAGCAUUACUUGGCGAGGGUCAGGAUGGUGAACUAUGUUUUCAAGGUCCUCAGGUCAUGCCAGGCUACUUCAAGAAUCCAGAAGCAACGGCAAAGACCCUUGAUGCAGACGGAUUCAUCCAUACCGGUGAUGUAGGCCACUUUGAUAAAGAUGGCCUAUUCUACAUCGUGGACCGACUCAAAGAAUUGAUCAAGUAUAAAGGAUAUCAGGUUGCUCCUGCUGAGCUAGAGGCUCUCCUUCUCACCCAUCCCUCCAUCAUGGAUGCUGCUGUGAUUGGAAUACCUCAUGAGGAGGCAGGAGAACUUCCCAAAGCCUUCGUCGUCAAAAAGAAGGAAGAACUAACAGCGGAUGAGGUAGCAGAAUUUGUAGCAGGAAAUGCGGCUCCAUAUAAGAAGUUACGAGGUGGAGUAGAGUUUGUGAAAUCCAUCCCUAAAUCAGCCUCUGGGAAAAUCUUAAGAAGAGUCUUACGAGAAAAGAAGACUGAAAACCAACAAUCCUAAGGUAUUCCUAACAUAGCAAAUAAUAUUGGAGCUGCCAAGUCUCCCCCAUUGUCAAAGUGGAUUUCUUCUCGUAAAACUAGGAGCAGCCACAAACUCAUUCAUAUUUUACACUCAUAUUUUCUGCACAGUAAAUCAUUCUCUAUACUUAGUACUUGCGUAGGACACAAUACAAUUGAUCUU